UUUUCUUUUAACGCCGUUAACUUAUUAUUCUUAUAAAAAAAUGUAAAAAAAAAAUCUAUCUCAUCUCAAUCGUUUCCUUCUCACUUGCCUUCCAUUCUCACUCCCAAUCGCAGAUCUCCCUUCCAUUCCACUCCCAAUCGCAGAUCGUCGAAAUCAACAGCCCGGCGAACCCCGACGAACCAAAGCUUCCUUCCACCGACUCCUCCAUUUCACUCUCCAUGGUAUGGAUUUUUAUUUAUUUAUUUAUUUUGUAUUGAUCGAUUGGGUUCUUAUUAGUGUUUCGUCAAGUUCUACGCUCCAUGGUAUGGAACGAGUUGCUUGAACUCGCGUUCCUUGACGAUGGCAGUUCUCAAGUAUUGCAUUACAGUUACUUCAUCAGCAACACCCAUCUCUCCAAAUUCUGCAAACCCAGCUGUGCCAGACCCACGACAGACCAAAGUUAAUUUGCCCAACAAGAAGGCCGUGAAAUGGUCCACUGGGAUGGCUCCGGGCGAGUAUGGUGGACCACCGACCAGCACUAAACUUCGCAAGUACGGAGGAGGUGAAGGAGAAGACCCUAUAACCUCUGACGAGUUUAUAUGGAACAAAGACUUUAUGAGUCGCAUGAAUAAAUUGUUUGAUGACUCUGCUUCUCCACCUCAACAACCUCCUGUUAAGAUUUAUCUAAGAUCCCCAAUGAUAAACUUGAGGAGCUGAAAGGAUUGUACGAAAUUGAUGUAGUUCCAUAUACAUUGACCCUUGGAUAUUCAUAUUGGGGUGCAGGUUAGUGAUGCUAAUUGAUUAUAUUUUCUGAGUUAUCAAUUUUUAUUCGGUUUCUACUGUCAUAAACUUGAUUUUUUUUUGGGCUUGUUUUGUCCUUACUGGUCUAGAAAAGGAAAAUAAAUAUUUUUUCAUUCUACCCUACUAUAUAGUGAAGUGUUUGAAGAAAACAGGAGAUGUUUAAAUUUCAGCCAGACACGGUUUAUGGUUAGAAAUUGGAAUGUUAAGUUUAGAAUCUGGAAUGUUAUAAAGUGUCAAUGGCUACGCUUUUUAUCUAUAAAGAUUACCUAUUGUCAGUUUUUUGGAAUUAUGAUCAUGACCCUUGUCACAUGCGAGGCGAAAUCCUAGCUAAUAAAGAAAGAUACCAAACACAAUCUAUCAUGCAUAUCCAUCAUGUAUUGUUCUACUUGAUUAGAAGUUAGGUAUUUUUUUUACUCAUAUUAAUUUAAAUAUUAGAAUGUACUUAUUGUGUUAUAUAUAUGGAAGAUAAUAUGAAAUAUCAUGCAAAAAAACCCCGCAAUAUCUUUUCCCUUUAUACUAUACAGAUUUAUAUAUAGAUGAAAGCAGUAUGCGAUAUUAAUUUUAUACAGAUUUAUGAUGAUGUUAAUUUUUAAUUUCUACCUCAUAUUUAGGAUUGCUUUCCUUCACAAUAGGAAGAUUUUGUAUGUUGUGCUUUCUUAACUCAAUAAUAUCCUCUGUAUAUGAAAGAGCUUUAGAAGCAUCAUCAACAAGGUCCUGUUGUUGCUGAUCAAAUGCCUAAAGAAGGGUGAUAAAACUCAUUAAAAGAUAUAAUUUACAGGGGAAAGAUAAAGGACGAGCCUAUUGACUAAGAGAAGCAAAAGGAAUAAGGUAUGUAAUUCCAAUGUGAAAAAAAAAAAUAUUUGGCACCAACCAUCUCACUAGGAGAUAUUGGCAUGGUAAAAAAAAGGUAUCAUCCUUUUAGUGUUUUGAUUGUUUGGGUUGAUGAGUUUGCUAGAACAGAGAUGCCUACAACAAACUAGGAGUUUUUUCCAAUACAAUUGUGGUUAAAAAGUUGUUUUUGUCUCAUUGGAAAUUUGAUGUUAAAUCUCAACUGAACUUGUUCUCCUCCAGUGAUUGUGGUAUAGCAGAGAAGUUAUGCUUUAAUGUGAACCUUUCUUGACAAUUAACCCUUUUAUUUUAUUGUUUUGAAUUAUAAUGUUAGGCUAUACUCUGCUUGAUUUGGACCAUUUUAUUGGUGGCAGUGGACACCUUUAUUUUUAUUUGUUAUUGUGCAUCUAAAGUUUUGGAUUGUAAUUAUUAAUCCAAGUGCACAUUUGUUAUUUGAACGAAAUGUACACUGAAGUUUUCAGCUCUAGCAAGUGAUCAUAUUGUUUUUGGUACUAUUUGUGAUGGAGUUUCUGUUCUCACACUUGAGUUAAUUAUAAUUUGACUCUCCAAUAAAUUAUAUUUCUUUUUCUUUGAA